CUUUCUUUACGACUUUCGACAGAAAAAUCAAAGUUGACGUUAUCAAAUUUAAGAAAAAAACUGUUUGAAACAAAAUUUUACAAUGCUGUUAGUAAGAAAAUCGAACACAUCGCAAAUCAGAUCCAUAUCUCAGAUUUCUAAUAAGUAUGCCAGGCUAAGCUACGAAAUUCCGGAGAGAUACCAGAACGCCUUCUAUCUAGCGAAUGCUGCGUUCUUUGACAGUACCAGCUGGUUUCUUCAUAGGGCUUAUGAAGUAGCAUUUCCAGCAUUAAAAAACGAUUACAGGUCGAGGUUCAAAGACGAAGCAGUGGGUGAUCGGAGGGUACACGAAAAACUUGAAAACGUCAUAGAAGUCUUGGACCAAUGUAAUUCUAUCAUAGAUGUUAGGUUCCCUAUAAGAAAAGAUGAUGGAACUUUAGAACUAAUCCGAGGUUUUCGAGCACAUCACGGCGAAAAUAUCGCUAGAAGCCCUUGUUUAGGAGGAUUGAGAAUCGAUGAAAACAUUACUAGAGACCACAUGAAAGCCUUGUCGCUGCUAUCGACCAUGAAGAACUGCUGUAUGGGCAUAGGAAUGUCUGGAGCUCACGGGGGAAUAAAAAUAGACCCUAGAAAGUAUUCGAAGAAUGAAUUAAGGACUAUAGUGGACCUCUACAUAACCGAACUAUUCAACAAAGGAUACUGUGGACAUUUAGAUGUAAUACAUCCAGAUAUCAAUACCGGUCAGAUAGAAAUGCAGUGGAUAAGUGAGAGUUUUGCGAAAUGUUCGGGGCAAAAUAUGAAUGUAGCAGCUGUCGGAAAACCGUUAGCAUACGGCGGAUUAGAAGACUACGAAAAAACAGCAGCACUUGGCGCGCUGAAAGCUUUGGACGUAUUUUUAGAAGACGUCCCAACGAUGGAUUACAUGAAAUCCAACGUCGGUAUGAAAAACAAAAAAUUCAUUAUACAGGGUUUAGGGAAAGUUGGAAGACCUUUGGCGUUGAUGCUAGUGGAACACGGGGCUAUUUGUGUUGGAGUUAAGGAACAAGACGCGUAUUUGUAUGACUCUAAAGGAAUAGACUUACAAGAAUUACUGAAACACAAAGAUGAAACAGGCUCCAUAGAAAGAUACAAGCUAACCAAAACGGACAAUCCCGACUCAAUUUUCAAAGAAGACUGCGACAUUUUGGUCUUGAGCGCUUGUCAUAAAAGUUUGGUAUGUUACGUUGCUAGGGAAGUCAAAGCGAAAAUAAUUCUAGAGGCUUCCGAUGGACCUACGACGCCUACAGCUCAUAAAAUACUGACUACCAAAUCAAAAUUAGUAAUUCCCGAUAUCUACGCCUGUUCUGGUUCCAAUGUAGCAUCGUAUUUGGAGUAUUUGAGGAAUUUGCAACAAAUGGGUGUACGAGAAGAGACAAUUUUAAAAUUUAGUAACGAAACCUACGGGAAAAUAAUCGAAAAAAUAUCGAUGGAGGAUCAGAAACAAAUGGCUGGUGGUGCACACAGCAAAAACGUGCACACUCUUUUUGCACCGUUAGAUUUCCAUACGACGAAAAGUACCAUUGAAUGCAUAUUUACAGAAAUGGGAGAGGAAAUCCUCAAAAAUAUCCGAUCGCAUCGUCUAGGGACAGACGCUAGGACAGCAGCUUAUAUAAUUGUCAUUAAAAAUAUGUUUGAACAAAUUUAUAAUUUAAAAAAAUUAAUUUAAUAAAAAAACAACAUUUACA